AUGUUGGACAAAGAAAAGAUGAUUUGGAUGGAGUCGAGAUUAGAAUUAAGGCAUUCACAUCCAUGUUCGUCUAAACAAUCGAUCCACUACCAUCAAAAUAGCGAGCUUAAUGUCCAUGCUAAGUGUGUGAUUGAGGACAACGACGAGGUUGGAAUACAACCAAACAAGACAUACCUUGCACUUGCUAAUGAAGUAGGUGGUUCUUCGAAUUUGAAUUUCUCAGAAAAAGAUAUCAUAAAUUAUAUCACGAGCAAUCCCCGGUUCACUGAUAACAAUGCUAACUUCGGAGAAAUGUCAAAGUACUUUUUAUGCAUGAAAGAUAUCAAUCCAAACUUCUUCUAUGCAAUGGACGUUGAUGACAGUCUCAAGUUGAGGAGUGCACUCUGGGUAGAUGCAAGGUGCAAAGUAUCAUAUGAAUACUUUUGUGAUGUGGUAUCUUUUGACACCACAUACAAGAAAAAUAAGCAUAAACUACCAUUUGUUUUCUUUGUGGGUGUUAACCAUCAUGGAAAAUCAACUCUCUAG